AUGAACUCAUGGCACUCAAGCUGUAUAUCUCGACAGCUCUUGCGUCUUCGCGUUUCCCAACCACGGCCAGCGUCAGACUUCUUUCCAACUACGCCUUGUCGACGCCCCUUCUCCUAUUCUAGCCCGAGAAGAGCGGAGGUCGGGCGCCGCCACCACGGCCCGGCCUCACGGGUGUCGGUGCAACGGCAUUUGGUUCAGACGCGUUCUCGGGUCGCGGCUCUCACAGCCAGUCUCGGUUUGCUUUCUCUCGCUCUCUACGUCUUUCCUACGCCCCCCACUACAUUGGAUGCUCACUAUGCAUCGUCACCCUCUUCUUUCAAGCCCCAGCCUGCCCCAUCUCCGGACAACUCCCCCGACAACCGGGACCCCGAUCUGCCUCGCUUCCGGAUAGCCGAAGUUCGUAAACAUGGAGCCGACUCUGAACAUCCGUGGGUCAUACAUGGUAACAAGGUAUAUGACAUCACGGAUUGGGUACCCGCUCAUCCUGGUGGCCAAGUUAUUCUGCGCGCUGCUGGAGGACCGAUAGACCCCUAUUGGGAUAUUUUUACGAUUCACAAGAAUCAAUAUGUCUACGAAAUCCUGUCCCAAUAUUUAAUUGGUUAUGUUGACCAAGCCGAUCUUGUCAAUGGCAAACCUGCGCAAGAGCAAAUCGAAGAUCCUUUCGAAAAUGACCCGGAGCGGCACCCGUCGCUUAUUACGCGGACAGAUAAGCCUCGAAACGCGGAAACGCCAGGCGAACUGCUUACUGCACAAUUCUUGACACCAAACGAGCUCUUUUACGUUCGUAACCAUAUGUGGGUCCCCACUAUCCAAGACUCCAAGUCAGACGACCACCGAUUGACCGUCGAGUUGCUUGAUGGAACAAUGAGGGAAUACACUCUGCGGGAACUCAAGACAAGGUUCCCCAGCCGCAAGGUCACUGCCGCUUUGCAAUGCUCUGGUAAUCGCCGCAAGCAUAUGAGUGAUGACUCUGGACGACAAACGAACGGUCUGCCAUGGACAUCUGGCGCUAUUUCCAACGCCUCGUGGGAAGGUGUUCUUCUUUCACACGUACUGGCCGAUGCCGGAUUUGACGUUUCGGAAGCGAUGAGUGGUUCGAGCGAAACACAGCACGUUCAAUUCACGGGUCUGGAAGCCUAUGGUGCAUCCAUUCCCAUCAAGAAGGCUAUUGAUCCACAGGGGGAUGUCCUGCUGGCAUACAGCAUGAAUGAUAAACCGUUGCCGCCAGAUCACGGAUUUCCCCUAAGAGCCAUUGUCCCCGGCCAUGUCGCUGCUAGAUCUGUUAAGUGGCUGAAUCAUAUUACCCUCAGUGACGAAGAGAGUACAAGCCAAUGGCAGCGCAAGGACUAUAAGUGCUUCGGUCCCAACCAGACCAAGGUCGACUGGGACGCAGCUCCUGCCAUUCAAGAAUUGCCAGUCCAAAGCGCCAUCACUACUUUGAAGCUAGGUGAAUGGCUCAACUCCAAAACGGAACCCAACGUGUUGAAAAACGACCAAGAUCAGACGGUCUCAUCGCAGAGCCCUCCCCCUCCCCAGCAAGAAAUUAGCAUGAGUGGAUACGCAUUCUCCGGAGGUGGUAGAUCCAUCAUUCGCGUAGAUGUUUCUCUGGAUGGUGGAAACUCGUGGACUCAAGCCUGUCUUCUGCCUGACUGCGUUUCCAAAAAUGGUAUGCCAUCGCCCUGCCAAGGCCAUGGGGCUUGGUACUGGAAGCGUUGGGUAUUUAAAGGAGGUGUGCCGCUGGAUGCAUUCAAGCACAAGCACAAGCACGGAGGCAGACCCGACGAUCCGGUGGCGGCUGCUGCAAAUGCAAAGAUUCCGGACAGCGGCCAAAAGCGGUGUACUACGGUAUUGGUCAAGGCAACCGAUGAUGCUUACAAUACGCAGCCAGAAAGCCAUGCCGCAACUUGGAACUUCCGUGGCAAUCUAGCCACGGCUUGGCACAGAGUACAGGUGUGCACUGAUUGCUCUCGCGCAGCUACCAGUAAUAACAACACACGAAAGAAGUCUAGUGAUUGA